CCCCAUUUUCUCCUCUAUGUGGCAUUCAAGCUAAGGUAACAGCAGGUUGCCCUUUUUCUUCUUAGCCUACUCAUUGAAAAGAAUGAACUUCAUUCAACCAGUUUUAUAUAUCUUUGACAGGGAACAUAUGAUUUUUUAAUGCAGUGUUUAGAUUGAUCUUUACAAAAUUUACAAAACUUUCAAGUGAUCCAUCAUCAUCUCAAGAUAUUAGACACUCAAAGAAUUGAACAAUGACUAUAUCGAAUAUAAACAUGUAGAACAAAACUUAACCAUUGUAUAUAAAUAUGAAAAAAAGUCAUAAUAAACAAAUGUUUGGUAGCCCAUAUAUACCUUGGUAUAUGGUGCUGUGACGGGGUUGAUUUAGGAUCCAGUCCUCGCUACAUCUCUUUUGUAGAUGCCUUUAUAAUGUGGCAACAUCUAGGAGGAAUCUCUGUUAUAUAUGUCGGGAGGAGUAAAAGCAGGGAUAGAUAAGAAGAAUGCAUUUUGUUAGUCAUGGUCAUGUCACUGUGUUUGAUAGAAAAAUCAACAUUGAUGAAAGCAUAAACAAAUGGAGGACUUCCAAAGAUGCACUGAGCCAACCUAUUUUUACAAAACCAUCUAAGACCACAGAAGUAUUGCAUAACCACAGAUGCAUCAUGCAUGUAAGCAGUGAUGAAAGCAGUCCUUGUACUCUAUGUUAGCUCUGAUGCUUAGACAAUGGAAAUAAACAUUAGAUGAUGCAGUGUUUAGAUUAUUGUCAAAGUAUACAUUUGGUCAAAAUAUAUACCUAAGUUGAGACUAAAAUAGCCUCAUUAUUUAGACUAUAAAAACCUACAUGGUGUGGUCAAAGUAUACAUUUAGUCAAAAUAUAGAGCUUAAGUUGAGACUAAAAUAGCCUCAUUAUCUAGACUAUUCGCUACGGUGGGGCGUCCCUCGUGCAGGUCACUGAUGAUGAGCUUAGGUAAAUGUGGGGCGCGCACAUGCCAUGUUGUUCGUGGCAGCAUCACGCUUGAGGUCGGCUAAAUGUCAUUCUUAUAAUGUUCAAAACCACCUUGAGAUGUUCAAAAGCAUUCUACCUCAAUGGUCCACUCUAAGUAGUUAACAUGCACUUUUGAUGGGCAUGAGCAAAGUGAAAAUCAAGUUUGAAGAGAAAAGAAGGUUAAUAUUGAUAAUCAUAUGACUACCACUAAGAGAGGAAGGUAUUAUAAGAAAUUGGAAACCAUUCAAGGUCAGGCACAAAAGGAAAAAUAUCAAUUGGCACAAAAAUUUAAAAAUCAGUGUGUGAUAUUCUAAUUAAACUCACCAUUAUAUGCAGAAGUGCUAUUGAAAGAUUCAAAAAAAUCCUUCUCAUUAUAUGCAAGUCCCCAAUGGCUUGGGGUAGGACCUACAAUAUAUAUAAGCACAUGCUCUCUAAUACAUGUCCUUCGAGAAUACCUGAAGCGUAGCAAGUGAAUAUUGGUUUAUGAAAUAUUUAGAGCGGAUAUAUUAAGUGCACAAUACACUGAUUUAUAUAACCAAGGGGUAGUUACAGAGCAAAACAAUGAGCGCGCAAUAGCCUUGUAUUUGAAAAUAUAGUCUAAUAAAUAUUUUUUAAAGAAAGAAAUGUUAUUGAACAAAAGAGAACAAACACGGGAGGACUAAAUCCCUCAAGAAAAGUAAAAAUUAAAAUUAAAACAUUCUAAGAGCCAAAAAUAAAAGGCUAAGAUAUAGCUCCAAACCUUGAGCACAAGUUCCCCAAGAUGAAAUUCAACCACUGUAACGAGGAUCACAUGCUUACACGCUUCAAAGAGAAACCUCUGGCGUCAGAGGAAACAUCAUCGCUGUUAUCCAAGCUUAAAUCAAGAUGGAAAGAAAAAGCAUUACCAUAUGAAUUGGGCUCAGAAAAUUAAAAGGCACUGGAACUCGGCUGGAAAAAACACCUAGUACUUCAAUCAGAUCUCAAUUUGAGAAAACAAACUAAAAUAAAAAUAAAAUUCAGUACAAUAAUAAACUAAUAAAUCACAUGUUGUCAAUAGAAAAAGUAACAGUAAUAAUCACAUGGCCUACUAUCCGUCUCGGAUUACACUUUCGGGUUGAAAAGUCUUAAUACCUUCGAAUAGAAAAGAUUAGAGUUAUGCCAAAAUUUAAAUUAAUGAAUGAUGAGGAAGAAAAAUAAUACUUGUACCCCAAGGUGAAAGAACCUGCAAAACAAUCAAAUCGAUGUAGGUAUGAAUACAAAGAGACCUAAGCUAAUACAACACAUCCUAGCAACGAAGCAAUUGGUAAGUAAUUGAAAAGAUCUUCAUUUUUUCCAGAAAUAUCCUAAAAUUUAAUUUGUGCAGGUAAAACAGUUUAAAAAUAACAAACCUUAAUGGGAGAUUGGAGGAGACUGAAGACAAAUCCCACGGUCCACUCAGCGACGGAGCAUGUCAAGGAGGAGGUCCCUUGGGGAGAACGACCAUAGUCUGGCGAGUGAGUAGUCUCGUCUCUACCCCGAUGUGGUCCGGCGAAGAAGAUGAAUCUUUAGGAAGGCGAUGAGGAACAAAAGUUGCAGAUGCCUAAUUUACAAAGUAAUAAUUGAAGAGGAUGAUG